GUGCCUAACUAAAAGCUAAAACUCUAUCCAUCCACCCAAAACUUCCCUCUUCCCCCACAUAAAACUACACGACAGCUUCUUCACCCUCACAUCCUCAGAGAGAAGUUGGAGAACAAAGAAGAGCUGCAAUGGCUUCUGCAACCAUGACGGUGUCGUUUGGUCUCAGAUAUUCCCCAUUUUGCCCCUCCUCUCCUACUCGUCUCUCUCGUGCCUCCCUUCAACUCGCCCCAUUCAACAAGCAGAGCUCGUUGAGACUCAGUUCCUCGCAAAGCAUUUCUGGGUUCCCCUCGCUGAAGCUUUCUACGAUGACUCCUCCUCCUCCUGGGCUUCGUUCUCUCACUGUCGUCUCUGCCAAAGGCUACAAAAUGAAAACCCACAAGGCUUCGGCAAAGCGGUUCAGAGUGACGGGUAAGGGUAAAAUUGUACGGAGGAGAGCUGGAAAGCAACAUUUACUGGCCAAGAAGAACACCAAGAGGAAAUUACGCCUCUCCAAACUGCAUCCAGUCGAUCGAAGUGACUAUGAUAAUGUAAUUAAAGCCUUGCCAUAUCUGAAAGUUAAUAGAAAUGCAAAGUAGAGGUAACUUGAAAUGAAUGGCAAACAACUAUUUAAUUUGUAAGCUUCUGAUUUCACAAUUUUUGUAAAAGUACUGUAAUUUUUUUUAUUUAUCCAUGAAGGUUCUGUAUC